CACCACUAAGCUGAUUUCUCAAAAAGGUGUAUUUAGGGCCAACAAGAACACCCUCGUCCAUUGUGGGGCCGGUCCUUCUUUUUCAGCUUGAACGCAUGAGGACGCAAUGAGCCACCGCGUGUGAAAACGUGAGGUUCGUUCACAAUGCACCCGCAAGAACUCGAAGAGCCGAUGUAAAUUAGCUUCACGCCAAGUAUAAAACAGUCGAGAAUGGCUUGAAGUGUUCUUUUUUCUUCAUCUCUUCGUCUCAGACAUAAGACAGAACGGUCACUCUUCUACUGGGUCAAGAUGCGUCCUUCAUUUAUGCUCCUCGCAGGAAGUCUACUUGACUGUAUCAGUGCACUGCCUCCAGCCCGGCACAAGAGAAACUCUUCCUACGUCACCCUUCCAUUCAACACAAAGCGCACAGCUAGCCUUCAGGAGCGAGGCAGUUUGAGGUCAACCUCAGGUUUUGAUUCGGCCCUUCAGAGGAUAAGUGUCACCUCCCCCUACUAUAUUGAGGUUGGAAUUGGCACUCCUCCGCAGACGAUUGACUUGGUACUUGAUACCGGGAGCAGCGAGAUUUGGGCAUAUUCAGCACAAUUGUCUUCUUCAUGCUCUGGCUGCGGGUCGGCUUACUACGACCCUUCUGCAUCUCACACAGCUAUCGAGCGUGACGACCUUGGCAUCUUGAAUAUCAGUUAUGUAUCAACGUCUGGCGUUACUGGUUUCUACGUAUCGGACACACUCGAGACCAAUGGUGUGUCAGCCACCAACAUUGUCAUUGGCGUCGCCACAGACUUCAAUUCGGGUGAUCCUAGAGGUGGCAUCAUGGGCAUUGGCCUUCCUCAAGGCGAAGCCUCCAUCUUGAAUUCUGGUAUUGAAUAUCCAGGCUAUAUCGACCAGCUCAAGGCGGAAGGCCUCAUUGGUGUCCGUGCCUAUAGUAUCUAUCUGAAUGCCAUCUCAGCAACGAGUGGUCUGGUCAUUUUCGGCGGGUAUGACAAGUCCAAGUGGGUCGGCGGCCUGGUCCCAUUUUCACUUAUUGAACCAGCGCCUGACGGUUACUUCCAUCUUGACGUCGCCGCACCUACUCUCUCCCUCACUCUCGACGGUCAAACAAGCGAAGUUCCUUUCAGCACGGUCCCAUAUGCCGUUACGUUGGAUACGGGGACAAGUAUAAGUCUUCUCCCUCAGACCCAAAUCGCUGCGAUCGCCUACGCCUUGGGGGCGACUCUUUUUUCCGGUGACGAUGAAGAAACGUUCUACAGCCUACCAUGUAGUUUGAGCUCCGCCACUGGUGGCCUUUCUUUCACCUUCUUCGGCACAUCCGGCCCCGUUACCAUCACCGUUCCCUAUGCUGAGCUCGUCAUCGACGUAUCAGGAUUCGACCUCCCUGCUGGCCAAUGCUUACUAGGUCUAAGCGGCUUUCCCGAUGGAGCCAUGGACGGCGCGUUUCUCCUGGGCGACACCUUCCUCCGCUCCGCAUACUUAAUCUACAAUUUUGAUGACAUGACGGUAAGCUUGGCGCAAGCGAACUGGGAGAGCGACUGCGACGAUUGUAUCCAACCUCUGUGA